GAACGCGCUCGUUUUCUCCCACUCUGGAAAGGAGGACCUGAACCAACGGAUUCAAGUGACAAGAAAGGAGAUUCCGACUUAAACAUCAGGAAGAACUUUCUGACAGAAAGAGCUGUCUGACAGCGGAACAGACUUCCAAGAGAGGUGAUGGAUUCUCCUUCCUUGGAAGUUUUUAAGCAAUAUGCCACCUGUCAUGCCUGAUUUAGCUGAGAUCCCUGCAUUGCAGGGGGUUGGACUAGACGACCCGUGGGGACCCCUUCCAACUCUACGGUUCUAUGAUUCUAUGAGAAUUCCUGAAAAAAAUCAACAGAGGCCCUUUCCAAUUCAUCAUGUGCUGCAAGUGUGGCAGCAAAACUGGAGAGGGGACAUGUUUCUUCAGCCAGUUACAGUGCUCCACCCUUUCAUAUCUCUUUGCCCCCUGUACUUUCUUUGUAAUGUCUGUGUAAAUGCAACAUGUGAUAGGAUGUCAUCACACUGUACACUGCCCCACCCCAGGAGCAACACCAGAUGUUGUGAGGUGAAGCAGGCAACAAACCAUAAUGAUGUGACAGUACACAUUUUGUUGCCUAGACAUGGCAUGAAAGGAGGAGAGAGGCAUGGAGUCGUUGCGUGACAAGCUGCAGCUGCUGAAAAUCCUGCCCUCUUCUGCAUCCAGCCACCCUAAAACAGAUUUAUUCAUCUCUGGGUUUUAAAAAAUCAUAAUAAUACUUGUACAUAUUUUGGAAGGUGCCGUUGUUUAAAUCCCUGAAGCACAAUAUGAUGACAAGCUGCACCUGCAGAAUUUCCCCCAAUUGUGAACACCAGUAUUGACAGUACAGAAGCCCAAAUGUUGAAAUAUGGCCAUCGCCAGCAUAAAUUAUACGAGGACCACAAACUCGCCAUGCAUCACAUUCCCCUGUUCCAUGUAGAUAAUGCAGCUUAAGGUCCUGUUCGGAGAGCUACUACUGCAGUUGAACAGAAGAAACAAAAAUGCUUCUUUUAGUCUCUGAGGUCCUCUAGUGGACAAAGUGAAUUGACUCCCAGAUUUCCUUUAUGGUCUAAAACAGGGGUGCCCAAACUUUUUUCAAAGAGGGCCAGAUUUGAUGAAGUGAACAUGCAUGAGGGCCGACCAAAGUAGUACCUCGGGUUAAGAACUUUGCUUCAGGAUGAGAACAGAAAUCGUGCUGCAGCGGCGCAUUGGCUCCAUUAGCUAAAGUGGUGUCUCAGGUUAAGAACAGUUUCAGGUUAAGAACAGACCUCCAUAACGAAUUAAGUUCUUAACCAGAGCUGAGACUACUCCCAUGGGGGCUGGAUUAAAUCGACCGGCGGUCCGGAUUAGGCCCCCAAAACGGACUUUGGACAUGCCUGGUCUAAAAGUUUAGGUUUUGUUGUUGUUUAGUCGUUUAGUCGUGUCCGACUCUUUGUGACCCAUGGACCAGAGCACGCCAGGCACUCCUGUCUUCCACUGCCUCCCGCAGUUUGGUCAAACUCAUGUUCGUAUCUUCAAGAACACUGCCCAACCAUCUCGUCCUCUGUCGUCCCCUUCUCCUUGUGCCCUCAAUCUUUCCCAACAUCAGGGUCUUUUCCAGGGAGUCUUCUCUUCUCAUGAGGUGGCCAAAGUAUUGGAGCCUCAGCUUCAGGAUCUGUCCUUCCAGUGAGCACUCAGGGCUGAUUUCCUUCAGAAUGGAUACGUUUGAUCUUCUUGCAGUCCAUGGGACUCUCAAGAGUCUUCGCCAGCCGUGCAUAGUGGGACUCCCUGAAAUAUCAAAACAACCUCCUCUUGGAAGGUGGUGUAAGAUGACACUAUAGAGAGAAGGAAGAACAUAAAUUUUAAGUCAAUGUAAAGAAAAUAUAUUGUAAUACAGAAACACAAACCACUAUCUGAUCUGCCUUUGUGUAGCCCCUGCCUCACCCUUUAAGAUCUUCUGCCUCUACCUCUUCCCAUGUUCUCUGUGUUACUUCUGACAUCAUCUUGUUUCUGAACCUAGCGUGCAAAGUACCCUUCCUGUCUACCUGCCUGUUUCUUUUUUUCUGUUGACGAACUUCCUAGAUAAGAUUUUGAGUCAGCCCUCAGACUCUGGCAAAUGUCCUGCACUAUUUCUAUCAUGGCUUCCUUCCUCCAGAAUGGUAUCAUCCUGCCAAUUCAUAUAGUGCCCCCAGACAUUGCAGUGCUUGGUAUGUGCAUAAACAUGGUCCUGUGGGGUUCCAUUUUUAAACUAGGUUUGAUUCGUGUAUUUGUUUAUUGCAUUUCUAUCCCACCUUUUCCUCCAAGGAGCUCAAGGUGGUAUAUACAUGGUUCCCCUCUUCUCAUUUAAUCUGUGAGGUGGGUUAGGCUGAGAGGCAGUCAGUGGCCCAAGGUCACCUUGUGAGCUUCAUGGCCAAGUGGGGAUUGGAACCCUGGUCUCCCAGCUCCUAGUCUAACACUCGAACCACUACACCACAGUGGGUGAAAAUGCUUGUCAUGUAUGCACAGACAUACAUGUCUCUCUGUAUGUAUAAAUAGCAUUAGGGAAAUAGUUCACAAGGAAACUUUUUACAUUUGGUGAGUUAUUAAAAUGAAACUCUUGGAGAAGCACAAAGUCAGUGCAAUCAUGAGUAACUAUUAGGGGAUAGUUGGUAAGUACUAGCACUACAUUUCCCAAGAUGCAGUGGGGCAAGCACCUCCUGUAAGUCAAACUAAACAGACUCUUUUGCAACUUCUCCAGCAGAAAGAUUGCCAGUAAGUGGUGAGAAGAGGAAGGCAUGGGGCAGAGAUACCGGGUCCGAGCUAUGAAGUGUCAGCUGCUGGUGGCCAGCUUCUUUGUGAUGGUAAGAGAUUAUGCAGGAAAAAACACCAAUUUGUUAUUAGAUGUGGGAAUUAAAUUUCAUAAAGAAAACAAUGAAUGUAAUUUUUAAAACAGGUACUGGCAGCGUGUAGUUAAACUGCAGGACUUAACAAUGUGUCUCAGGGGUCUUAUCAAUCCUUUACAGCACUGCCGGGGCUCUUAUCCGUAGGUUUGUGGUUUCUCCAUUUGUCUUUCUAAAUGUGGUGAGAAAAGCCCUUGAGAAAUGUCACACCAGCAGAUGUUGCAGCCUUAACACAGUUGCUAAGAAAGAAAAGUUAAUUUAGUAUGGUGAAUAGGCAGUUAAAUUAUUUACCUUUUUUUAAAAAAAAGUGUUGUGAAAGGAUAGUAUAUCAACUGUUUCUGAAGUAAGCCUCGUUUCUGAUAUCUUGGGAGAUAAAGCUCUGGAAAGGUAUUUAUUUUGGACAGAGAGUACUUCUUGAAAACCUGGCCUCUGCCUUCUUCUUUUAGAUAUUAUAUUUUAUCAUUAGUGGAAGUAUUUGAGAAUUUGUCACUGGUGCAAUAAAAAUCACCCCGCAGGGCUGCAGCUUGGACUGGGAGUGAGUACACCUCUCCGCAAAGCCUUCUGCUGUGAGUUGUGUUGGGGACUAAGAGUUAAGAAGCUGCAAGGGCUUGAGGUCCUAUUUCACCUCAAGGACUCGCCUUCCUUCUGUCGACUGGGGUGGGUCCCAUUAGUUGCCUCCGUUGUCCUAGCUCACUUUGGCGUCAGUGUGAUGAUUCACAGGCCUGCGGCUGCGACUAAAAUUGUGCAAGGCAGCCGAUCGGAGCUACUUCCCAUUCUGUCUUUAUUCAGCUGGCCAGUGUGCUCCCCUUGUUGCCCUCCACCUUAACUUGUUGUAGUACUGCGAUGGCAAGCCAGAGAACAGCUCCAGCUUUGACUGCUGUGAAGUCAGACCCCUUCUCUUUACCUGACGCCUCAGGCGACACAAUUGAAGGUUCCUUUUCCUUUGUUCUGCAAUUUUCUUUUUACCUCAAGUCAAGACAUUGCUGGCUGUUGAAGUAAAUCUGUUUUGAUCUGGGACGCUGCUGUGUUUUUACACGCUGUUUGAUCAAUUCUAUUCUGAUUGUAUGAAGGAAACUAUAUUAUGUGGAUGAGAACGAUUAAAUAUUUGUAUCCACUCUUCUGCUCACAGGCCGCCCAGAGCAGCUUACAAUGUAGACAAAUUAGCAACAACAUCAGGGCAACAACAACGCACAUAAGUUUCAAACAGAAAUCGAGCUUUAAAAGCUUAUUGAAAUUUUUUUAAAAAAUCUUUUCAGGUGCUUUUAGAUUUCAUUAUUGGAUUCUUUCCCCUUGGAGUUUAGUAAUUGGCAGUGGCUAAACUAGGGGACUCAAGCUUUUGGGGCCUGUGGACACAUUUGGAAAUCGAAUAAACUGGCACAAGCACCACAAGAACACCCAUUUGACAGAAGAAAAACUGGAGGUUCUCAGAGCACCACCACCACCACCCACAACCAGGCAGAACACCCACACAGACCCAAAAAUGAAUGAAUGAAUGAAUGAAUGAAUGAAUGACUAAAUAAAUGUCAACCCAUGCCCUGCAAAGCAGGCACUCCUCCCUAAAAAAACCCUCAUUUUAAUUUUUUUUCUUUUUGAAAGGAGGAACAAGGAACCGUAGCAGGCACCAAAAGUGUGUCUGAGAGCACAAAGCACCCCAGGGCUAAACUAUAUACACUAGAGUGGUUUCAGAGCCUAUUUUAAAACCUUGUACAUACAGAAUAAUACAGUGGUGCCCCGCAAGACGAAUGCCUCGCAAGACGAAAAACUCGCUAGACGAAAGAGUUUUCCGUUUUUUGAGUCGUUCCGCAAGACGAAUUUCCCUAUGGGCGUGCUUCGCAAGACGAAACGUCUUGCGAGUUCUUGUGAGUUUGUUUCCUUUUCUUAAAGCCGCUAAGCCGUUAAUAGCCGCUAAGCCGCUAAGCCGUUAAUAGCCGCUAAGCCGCUAAUAGCCGCUGAGCCGCUAAUAGCCGUGCUUCGCAAGACGGAAAAACCGCAAGACGAAGAGACUCGCGGAACGGAUUAAUUUCGUCUUGCGAGGCACCACUGUAUAAAAUGUGCCAAAAGGUCAUAGCUGUUGCCCAAUUUGUGUGCUUUCCCUUCCGUUCCAUGCCCCCCCCCCUGACUUCUUCUCUCUUUUCAGGUUCUUGGGGUCUCCGUCACCAUACUGACUAUUAUCACCUACUAUGGAAAGCACUUCACUGUCAUCAGUGAGGUCUCUUUGGAGACGAACCUCUACAGAAGAACUUUUCUUCACCGUGGAGGCAAGUGCUGGGCACUGGAUUCAAGAUUUCUAUAUCUUGUUGUAAGAAACAGUUAAAACUGGCCAGUUUGGCUGCUUAAGUGGGGGUUUGUUUGGGAUCACAUUUCCUUGCCCUUCCUCUCCCCCCCCCAUGUUAUUAAGGUUAUUACAUAACGUUAAUGGAAUCGUUAGCAUGGGACUCAAGGUAGCAGCAAGGCAGUGGUUCUGUUAGCACAAGCAGUUCUGCUUGCCUCAUGGGAAGACCCCCUUCUCCUCACCCUGCAUGUUGUUCUGAGGGUUCCCCUGACCCUCCAGAGCAAAUGUGGGGAAGGUUGGGGAGUGAGUAGAGGGGGAGAGCAGGGGAAGCCCCAUGGGACUAGUAGGAAUUCUUGUGCUGGCUUCCGCUAGCAGAAUGGGUUAGUUGGAUCUGUCCCCUAGGCUUUGUUUUCCCGAUGUGGAUGGAAUUCUAGAUCCUUUAUUUUUGGCCUCGGCCAUUUUUAUAGUUGCAAGUUUGUUAUUUGCGAUAUAGGCCAUAACAUCGAAAUGGCUGCAUGGGAGAAGGGUUAACCUAAAACAAGCAGUUAAAAAUGAUUAUCAAGAGAAAGAAAAGAAUAACUUAAAAGGGGAGUAAUGUGGGAAAUGUAUAAAAAACUAAAAUUAAAGAAGCAACCACAAAAGGGGGGGGGAGUCAAAUGUAUAACUGUAUUGGAUUAUUUGUGAGUUCUGUGUUUGGUAUGCUUAUCAAAUUUGUAAAAACAAAAGACCCAACUUUAACAGUCCCGAGGACUCUAAAAUGAAAGAAAGCCACGUAUGGUGAGAAUUAGACAUGGGGUAUGAGGUGUCUUGUACACAGAAAAUUGGGGGUGGUAGCGCCUAUAAUCUCUGGAGUGUCCCCUUCCGUAUAUCAUGUCUGAGCAUCAGUGUUCCUCUGCUCAAGACCAUAGGAUGGUGACAACCAAAUUUCCAUCUCUUCACUGGAAGGUUGAUAAUUGCACUGGCAACCUCUUGACUUACCUGCCUCACUUAAAGAUUAUUGUAAGCAGCCCUGGGAGUUUGUUUCUUACACACAAAGGCAGGGCAACAUUGUUUUCAAGGGAAAAAAUACCAAAUAGUCCCUUCAUACAACUGCUAGAAUCCAGCUGCUUGGGAAAAUAGGUUGCAUAUUAGAAUGUGGUGCAUGGGAGCAAAACUCCUUGGCUGCAGAACAGCCUUGCUUACAACACGUUGGUUGAAGGAAAGUCUUGCUGUAAUGUAGAUUUCAACUUUGGGAAGGUUCCUGCCUGCAACUGGAUAGUCAGAACUGAGCGGAGAAUUUCUUACAUUGACGAUAUUUUGGCUUCCUCACUUGUACAUCUCCCUUUCCUCAGUUUUUUUUGCUGGGAUAUGCCUGAGCAUCCUUCUGAUUGUUGCUGCCCUACUGAGUGUUGUUGCCACGGUGAGAGAACUGGAGAGUGCCAUGGCAGCGGUAAGUAGGGGCACAGCAUGGGUCUGAACUGGGGACUGGGUCCCUGGAUGCUGUUGGAAACGGGGGUGGACUAGGCAAGCCUUAGGUCUGUUUCGACAGGCCUCUUCUUGCGCUCUUAUGGAUGCUACAAGCUGCUUACCCUACAACUCAUUGAAAGUGUUGCGUGCACCCCAGACUCUAAACACCAAGAGAUUCCAGUGCUUACCCAGGGCUUAGUUUGCUUGGAAUGAAAGGUCAAUGGAGACUGUGGUGUCCUUAGAAUUUAUGGUUUUAUUUACACAUAUAUACAAUCUGGGCGUAGGUUGAAAAGGCUCACAAUAUUAACAUCCCAACAGCUCUUCCUUCUCCAUUAGUCAUGGCUUUGGAUGCAAAGACCAUAGCCUUAAUCCAGUCUUUCCUUGGUUGUGGGGUCUAUCAUUGUUCUCUUAAGUUGGCUUAAAAGAGUAAGAGAGAGAGAGAGAGAGAGAGAGUGUAAUAGACUAGAUUUUUGAGACUUGGGUAUAAAGGAAUUCUUCUAAACUGAAUAGCUGGUCUUCCAUUCUGUUUUCUAAUGCCUAAUUGUAAGGAGCUAUGAAAAGUUCUUAAAACAAGCCCUUCAGUUUUCAUUAACUGCCGGCAAAGAUAAACAGUGAUACCUCUACUUACGGACGCGAUUUGUUCUGGGGUGCCGUUCGCAUGUGAUGCGUAAUACGGUAGAGUGAUCUGCACGUGCGCGAAGCACGCAAAUCAAUAAGCAGCGAACCCGGAAGUAAACACUUCCAGGUUUGCUGCGUUCAUAACAUGAAAAAAACGCAACAUGAAGCAAAUGCAACUCAAGGUAUGACCGUCUAAGAAUUUUAAAUUGUUCACAGGAGACAUAGCAAACGAUGCAGCCUGUAAUUUUGUAACAUUGUCUUUAUCAGCACAAAUGUGUUGCACCAGAUAGGAGUGUUAUCAAUGAAACUAGGCAAUUGGAGAUAGGCAUGCUAUCCAUUUUCACAUACCCUAAGACAAUCUGAUAUCAGGAACGGCCCGGCGCAGCCUCUGAUGUGCAUAACAGAGCAAGAUACAGAGGCCAUCUCAUGCAAAGAGAUGCUUCUGGCCUGAUACUCUGUUUCUCACAUCUAGCGGCUCCAAAGCAGCACACGAGUGGAACUUCCAUCUCACAACCCGAUAGGCAUGUAUGUAGCACUUUCAAGCAUGUAUAGCACAGCAAGGGGAGGGUACACAGAGAUUGGGCUUGGGAUAGAAUUAACCUAAGCAGGGCCAACCUGCCCAUGAGGCAAGGUGAGGCAACCGUAUCACGCGAGAGAAGCCCAAGAAGCGGUGACCUGCCACUUCCGGCAAGAUCUCGCAAGAUCUUGCCAAACUCUCAAGUGAUCUUGCAGAGUGGAACACGCUGUCACCACCACUACAUCCCUUGUGAUUCCCGGCAACUGCUAUUCAGAGGCAUUCCGCCUCUGGCAUUAGAGGAAGAACAAAGUCAUUGCAGUAGAAUUCCUGUCCCCCACCCCUGCAUACUGUACCUGUCCAUUCCUGUCCACUUCCUCUGUGAAGGAAAAAACAUUAUAUAUAGAAAUCUGCCCUCAGAUGAUGGCAAGCAACCAGUAGUAAAGUAGGCCUAAUAUAAUUUGAUUUUCAGAAAGUGUUGGUGCCUGCUGUCUGAGUGGAGAAAGCAUUUAUCUUUUGCUUUUCUCAGAGCAGGAGGACAGGGAAAGCCCUGAAUGUUACUGAGUCCAUUGGGGUUUUUUUCCUGCAGUGGAAUAUCCAAAUACACCUAAAAUGUUAGUUAAUUGGAGCAUGUUCACUUCUUUCAUUCAGCAUUGUCCAAAGGACCGCGUUAGUAAAUAUAAACUGAGUAACUCCGGCUUGCAGAGAUGGGAGUGACUAAGACUGUUGAUGUCUUGGCCCUAGGUUACUUGAGCCAGGGGGUGGAAAUAGAAACCUUAUUGCAUUGCUUCCAGAUUGCCUGUUUGCUGAGCAUUCAUUCUACUUUGUUUGAAGGAAGGUUGUACCAUGUCACAUCAAUCAAUUGCUACUGCACCCUCCCCAGUGCAUUUCCCAAUCACUUUCCUUACUGCAAAAGAUUUGAGGUUACUUUUUUUAAGCAGGCUUGCUGCACAAGGGCACUAAAGCCACUUUGUGUAGCCUAAAUGUUCUGGCAUGUGUCUGAAGAAUAAGCUAGCAUCCUCUUUGCAGCCACAGGAGAGCUCAGUUAAUACCACCUCCUAGAUUCCCCUUCUCCUCUUUGCCCAGAUGUUGUCAUUGUCAUAUAUGGGCAGAGUGAGGGGAUCAGUGUCAUAGAGGGCCCUUCUGUUUCCACAAUCAUAGUGAGUUGGAUGCAUCUAACCCGGUAGCUGCUUUUUUCCCCAAGGUAUGCUUCAGACCCACUAACCCACCUUGGUUAUCACUAGUGUAAAUACACCACAGACUCUUAAUAGCUAGAACAUUCUCCCCAAACACCAACAUGAUGCCACCUUUCUCUGUUCCCAAAUCAAAACCUACUUCAGGCAUAGGCAAACUCUGCUCUCCAGAUGUUUUGGGACUACAAUUCCAAUGAUCCCUAGCUAACAGGACCAGUGGUCAGGGAUGAUGGGAAUUGUAGUCCCAAAACAUCUGGAGAGCUGAAUUUGCCUAUGCCUGACCUACUUCUUCCAGUAAAACGUUCACUUAAACUGGGAAUGGGGAACAUGUGUCCCUCCAGAUGCCAUUGGACUACAACUCCCAUCAUCCUUGACUGUUUUCCUUGCUGUCUGGGACUGAUAGGAGUUGGAGCCCAGCAACAUCUAGAGAGCCAUGGGUUCCCCAUUCAUUAACUUAAACCCUUAGUCCUCCUCUUCAACAGGCUGCUGUCUCUGUGUGUGCCUGCAUAUUCAUCACCUGUUUUAUAUUCCUCUCUCCUUCCCUUCUUUCUGUUUAUGUUCCUCUGCACAGCACGAUUCUCACUGAUGGUGCUGUAUAAACAGAUGAUCCCAAAUAAUCUAUGUGGAAAAAAGGAAAUCAGGCCCAUAUUGCUAGACAUGAUAUUCGCUGUUAUACCACUAGAGGGCACAUAGUUCCUUUCAAUUAAAACACACUCCUCAGACUAACCACAUUUUCCUGCACUGAAUGGUGUUCACCGUUUCGGCUUGUAGAGUCAAUUAGUUUAAAUAUGUUGCAUUUUGCCGAUCCGGUAAACAAUGUUCUCUUGAGUCCUGUGCAGUGAAGCCUUCUCGGUGCAGCCCAUGCAUGAGGGAAGAGGCAGGUUGGGUGCUGGAUGGGAUUAUAUGUGAGAGGGAAAGAGGACAGGGGCUGGACAGGGUUGUGCUUGGCAAUGAUGAGAGAGAAAGAAGAGAGAGAGAGAAAGAGAAGGUGGAGGGACAGAAAGAGGUGGAGAGAGAAAGGUGGGAAAGAGGAGGUAGGGGUGUGAUGGGGUAGCAUAGAAAGUCAGGGAACAAAAACAGGAAAAGGUGGGAUGGGUGAUAUGCUUGGUGGAGCAGAUUGCCAAGGUGGUAGUCUCCCGUUUGCCCCAGACAGCAAGACUAAUAGGGAAGAUGAGGGAUGUAGUCCAAAACAUCUGGAGCACACCACAUUGGCACCUCCUGUUGUAGAGCAUGCAGCAGGCAUGGGGAAGGCAACCGACUGAAGGGCAAGAUAGGUGAGCAAGAUUGUUGCUUCAUAUGUUUGCUGGGAUUUACUAGCCAGCAGGCCUCAUAUAUUUUGAUCUUGCAUCAUUUGUGCAGCUGUCAGUAGGCAUCGCAGCUGCUCUUUAUAGCAGCGGUUUGUAUUCUGUCGAGCCAGCAGAGAUGCUAUGAGCACUGAACCUCCUGCUUCACAGAUGUAGGGAUAGCUGUGUGAAACUGCAGUAGUGGAAACGUCAGUCGCAGCACUACAGCUCAGUUGGUUAGAGCUCUGUUGGUAACACCAAGGUCCCAGGUUCAUUCUCCACAACUACAUAUUGGUGCAUUGCAGGGGUUUGGCCUAGGUGAUCCUCAGAGUCCCUUCCAACUAUUCUAAUUGCCUUCUGUUUCUCUUUAGGUUUUUUUCUGUUUCGGAGUGGUUUUCUGUGCGUCGGUAAAGGCCACGUAUUGGUCAAUUACUAACAGUAUUGUGGUAAGUACAGCUUUGUGAUGAAACGGCAGGGAAAGUGCUACAUGGUUGAAACACAGCAAUAUUGGUUGUCUCAAAAUGGCGGUGAAAGAUGAUGGGGUUUGUAAUCCUGCAGCACCUGGAGAGCCACCCCAGGAUUAGCAGGUGCCUGGAGGAGAGAAGGCAUGUCAGCUGCAAUACCACUUGAGCAGCCUAAAAUAGGGGCCCAUAUCCAGCGGUCCUCAUUGUCCACCAACCCCUGAGUAUCAGAAUCAGUGACCAAUGUGAGAGGGUGGAGGGGAACUAAAAAAAGUUUAUCUUCCAUUGGUGAAUUUUAGCCUGUACACUUCUAGAUCAGAGCUAUGUUUUUCUUUUCUCAAAGGAUGCUUGAUGUGUGUAAAGCACUGAAUCGAAAAAGGUUAAAUAUGCUUGCUUCAGCUGCUUCAAAUCACAUAUCUACCCAUGCUUCCGCUGUAGUGAAAUUGCUGGGAGCUCUCUGUUGUGUGUUAGCAGUCUGAUCCCAUAGCCAGAUAAAUGGCAAGUUCUUUCCUUUCAGCAGAGUGCAAUCCUAAAGUAUAUUUUCUUGAUAGUGAAUCUCAUUGAAAACUCCUGGGACUCACUUCCAAGCAAACAUGUAGAAUGAGAGUGUUACCAGAUGCGCCUGAAACUGACAAUUCAAAUGCAUCUUUUGAAACAGUAUCAACACGCCACUGAAAUACCUUAUGCUAAUAAAUAGUUCAGAAAGAAAUGGUUUACAAAUCAGUGGUUCACGAUCACCUUUCUGGUUCAGUUCUAAAAUAGGAUUGGUGGCGAUACUAAAAUAGAUCUCCAUCUCUAGAUCCAUGUUCCUUGCUACAAUUGGUAGCCGAAAGCAUGACAGAUCUAGUAUUACUCAUGCAUUUUAUGUGUUGCUAAGUAGCAAGCUGCACUUUAGAGAUAAGGCUGUGGCCAGCUGUGUGGUUGACAAGAGUUAUCAGGAUAAAUACAAGGUGUAAAGAAGCUAUGUCCAUGUGUUCAGAGCAGAAGACAGGAUCCCACAAAGCUCUGCUUGUAUGCUGUCAUUGCCUGUAAACGCUUACAAAUAAACGAAAACUGGCCCAGAAUUAUAAUGCUGUUGCAGGAAUAUAUAAACACAGGCUCUGCAUGCAAGAAAAAUAUGUGCCAUGGUAUGUUGACACAAUGCCAAGCCACUGGGUGAGACCAUCCACAGCUUCAGAAGCAGGGCCCCAUUAAGAUGCUGAUGGCAUCUCCACUUCUGCAUGGUAACAAGAAGUUGGCUGAGGGGUAUUAAAAACAAACAAGCAUUGAAACUGAAUUUUUAAAAAGGCAAUUGUUCGAUACUACAUGGUAUGUGCGCCAUUUUUGGAAUGUGGGCUGGGGAACUGGAAGUUGCAUUCGGUCAAUCAACAGUACAUGAGACAAAAAGCUGGGCAAAUGCAGGGACCCCAAACAUAUGAAAAGCAUCUUCCACUAAAAGAGAGAGUCACUCAAAAUGCUUGGAUUCUUCACUCAGAACUAGGGCAAGAGGACUUGUAGGGGAAAGCAGCCAGUGGAAGGAGCAAGGUGCUUCAAGCUCCACUCUCCUAGAAAUAGGCUAAUCAGGUGAACAAAUCAUCUAAAUAUCAGGAAUCACCUGCAUCUUCCAUCAGACAACAAUGAGGCCCUCCUCCCUUUCAAAUGCUUGAGCAAAAGUAUGAUCCUUUGACCACCCCAAAAUAGGUGUGUCCACUUCUUACUACACUGGGAUCUCCGAUGGACUGUCUGACAUUGUGCUGUGAUUAAUCCCUGGCGAGUCUACAGACGCUUCUGAAAUACUGUAAUGAAUGAGAUAUUGCCUUCAGAGCUGUUGUGCUCAAUUCUAGUGGCAGUCCAGAUGGAAAGCACAUGGGAUUGCUGAAUAUUAAAACAACAAGCAAACAGAUGAUCUGGCAUCCCAGCUAAUAAUCCAUCUCUCGCUGACAGCUGCUAAUAUGGAGAGCUUUUUGUAAGCCAUUGCUUGAGUAUCUAAUAGCGGCUGUUUUGGCCUAUACAAGCAGUGUUCUGCCACAAGGGAAUUAAUUAUCAGAAAGCACUCUAACUUAAUAGAUUAUGAAGCGCUCCAUUUAUCUAGGGAUAAGAAAGUUACACCUUAAAUCCAACUGCAUUCAAUAAUGCUGUUCCUCAGUCGGUGAUAGCUAAGGUCAGUGGAUUCACUUUAUAUAUUCCACUCCUAUAUUUACCUGUCCAUACAGGUACAGGUGGGUCGAAUGGAACAAUUACAUUUGCGGGAAAUCAGUUCAGCGUUGCUGGUGGUUUAUGCUUGGCUUUAUCUUUAGAUUUUUUGGGGGUAACUUUUGUGUUUCUUUGUGUUUUAAGCCAGUGGUUCUCAAACUUGGAGGUAGAUUAUAGUUUGCAGAGUGAGAGAAAUGUUUUCCAGGAGGCAGCAGGCAGAGCUAGAUACACUUUCCUCCCAACUAAGGUUGAGCAUUGCAGUCAUUAAAACUGUUAUGUUUACUACUGAAGCUUCAGAGAAGGAUGGGACAUAUGGGAGCUUAUGUUCACAGCACCUCCUCCCUCUUCUGCAUACUUCCCUGAGAGGCUGGUUUUAGGAGGGUCUCAGAUACCCUCUUCUGAUGCCCAUGUCAAACUACUGCCCCUGCCCAUAAAUUGCAUACAUAAAAACAGACUGCAUGUACACAGUUUCAGCGCAGUCACCUGCUGAAGGGAUGGUUUUUGAGGUCAGGUAGGGCAGGUAGUAGGGCAGGUCUAGCAGCAGCAGUCAGCCACUGGGAGUGAGGAGGGUGCUCACCGGCCUGACUUGGCCAUGCCACCAUUCACCACUCUCCCUGCCAGGCCCCCAGAUGCAUUUUAAUGGUGGACAACAGUGACAACAGAAGGCAAAUCCACUGUGGCUGCUUGCCAUUUCAAGUUGCCCAAAAUGUAAAGCCCUGAUUGAUAGAUCUAUGAAAUUUAUCUGUUUCCUAGCUCUGUACACUGGGUGGUGGGGGCGGGGUUCUCCACAGGCCAUAACACACUGGCCCUGGAAUGUGGUCUUCUCUCUCUCUCCUCUCCGUCUUUCUGUCUGUCUAUCUGACACUCCAUCUCUGUAGGCUGCUUGAUAUUAGGGAUGCAUUAAAUUAGGCCAAGGGGAUGCAGAGGACAUGCAGAAGACACACCACAGCUUCCCACAUGCUGCAGGUUGGCAUGGGCAAGUACAUCUAUUUUGGUUUCAAUCUCUCGUUCUUCCAGUCUUAAAUUUAGUUCUUCAUAUUUCCACAUCCAUUUGCAUUUUUAAAAUAAUAAUAAAAAAAACCCUCGUGAAAAUUUACUAGCAUUUUAGUGUGAAUUUCCCUUAAUUCCCCAAUAUAAUGCAUUUUUAAUGUUAUUUCCACUAAGAUAUGCAUUUUAUUGCACAUUUUUAAUGCACACUUUACCCUAGUAUAUGUAAUUUUGUACACUUCAUUUGGCCAAAGAGCUGCAUUGCAAAUUCAGGGAAGUACAGAUUUCAAAGGAUGGCUAACCACUAAGUUUUACCACAUUCCCUGUUUUUUCCCCUAAAUUCUUUCUGCCUUUCAAAUAUGUUUGGCACCUCAUUUAUUGUGCCUUCCAAUCCAAGCUACUUCAAAUGGCAUUGGAAAGCAUCCUCCUAACUCUUUACAGUUGCAUUAGAAAGGAGGUAUCCCUGAAUGUGUCUCUUAAGAUUAUUUAAUGCUUUUCAGACACAUUCCUGAGAGGGAAGACAAUAGAUCCCUUUCUCUUCUAGACGUUCCACUCUGAUAACUGCUGAGCAGCCUGAACUGGGAACAUCUUGCUAGCUUUUACAGCCUUUACCCCCAUGGGAUCAGAAAGACCCAUUUUGGUUUGAAAUGAUAGCCAAAUAUCUCAAGCCAGUAUUGAAGAGAACUAAAAGGGUAGGUGGAAUUGACCGCCUAUUAAUGGAAAAUAAAACUCUGCCGAGGCUUUCAUAAAUUUUAAAGAAAGCAAUAGGGCCAGCCUGUUACUGUGGAAAAAGAAAGGCAGCUCUUUUAAGAGGAGCACAGAGCCUUUUUUCCAGGAGAGGCAUAAACUACCACAUCAUGUCUCUCUUAAAUUCAAAAGAAUUUGGACAAGGUCCUUAAAGCUUUUUUGCACAGCCUAAUCCUUCACCUCAUUUUAGGGAACUCAAAGAUCUCCAAGUAUACACUAUCCAUAGAAUCACCCCAUCAACAUGCUUAUCAAAGAACUCAAAACUGUUGGUAAGCAGGACUUUGCAGAAGCCAUACUGAUUCUUCCAGACAAGACUCAGGAAUAAGUCCAGGUCUGCAUCCUUCCUAGAUGGUUCAUUAUCUAGAAAUGUUGUCUCUCUGCAGUGGUGGCUGGUGCCCAUUGGGACUGGUAGAGAGGAAGGCAGAGAAGCCAAUACAGUGGUACCUCGGGUUAAGUACUUAAUUCGUUCCAGAGGUCCGUUCUUAACCUGAAACUGUUCAUAACCUGAAGCACCACUUUAGCUAAUGGGGCCUCCCGCUGCUGUUGCGCCACCACUGCACGAUUUCUGUUCUCAUCCUGAAGCAAAGUUCUUAACCCGAGGUAAUAUUUCUGGGUUAGCGGAGUCUGUAACCUGAAGCUUCUGUAACCCGAGGUACCACUGUAGUUGGUGGAGCCAGAGACAAUGACAAGGGAGAGCCAACUAAUUCUGAUUUUAUCUCCAUCCUUCUCCCUACUAAUGGUGGCAAUGAAACUAAGUCAGGAGGAAGCUGACAGCAGGGUGUGAGUGUGUGUGUGCUAGUUGAUUUCAGACCAAGUUUGAUGGGGCGGCACCCCAUUUGCUUUAAUAGACCAUCCUCCACUGUCUCUUUGUAAUAAGCCAAGCAUGCAUACACUCAGUUAAUGUGUGGGUAGUUGGUUGCCCAUUAUUGUAACACUUUCUCCAUUGUCUGCCUCCCUAACCUCUUUUUCUGUUUCAAGAUCACCCUUGCCAUUUUGGCCAGGUGAGUAAUAUGUCUAAAGUACUAAAUUAGUUUUUAGCUCUGGUUAUUCUACACAAAAGGUUUUGCAAAGGAGUUUACUCCUCUCAGGAUUUCUAUUUGAUAGGUCUCUAUUCGACUGGACUUUUUUAAAAAAAAUUUUUACAUACAGAGCUAUUCAACCCCCCAAUAUGCCCUUUCCUGUCGUUUCUAUAGGUACCAUCUUGGGAAAGUUGUGUCCCAGCGAUUUUCUUCAUUAGACUAGUUUAUACCUUUCUUAAUUUGUGAUGCACAUUUUAUCUGCAUCACCUCUCAUAGUGAUGUUAAAUAUCAUCCUCUUACAUUAAGAACGAUGUUGUGGUCAGAGGAUCCACUCAGUCUGGGUCUUUUCCUCUGAAUAAGGUCAAUACAAUGGCUUUUGUUAUGACAUUAUUACCAUGGAGCAGCAAAAUGCUUCUGCUGCCUCUCAUUAUACCUUUCCCAACUAUAGCUUAUUGGUGAUUAAGAAAACCUUGUGUCUUUUUUUUUAAUGGUUUGCCUUCUCCUAAAGCUAGAUGUCAUAAACAACAUUUUGUCCACUAUAUGCAAUUUAUAAACAAGCAAUUUUUUAUGACAGUUGAACCUUUAUAAAGCAAUCAGCUGGCAAUACCAGCUUUGGCUGGGCUGAACAUUAUAUUUAAUAAAUAUGUGGAGAAGCGUACGGAGAACAAAAUUGGUUUUAGUCCUAUUUUAUUUAUAUAUAUAUAUAUAAAAAUACACUGAUUUUUCUUCAUUGAAUUAGACCAGCUAUCAAUGUGGAAAUAACCAUAUAAAUCAAUACAAAAAUACAAGACAGACCACAAACCAAGCAACACCACAUCCCUAUAGCUCUGGUGAAUACGAUUCAUUAUUCCAAUUCUCAUUAUGGUCUGUCACAUAUGACAAUAGUUGGUGGUGACCUUAUUUAACAAUUGGGGUUUAACAGGGUAAAAGAGGAUGAGUUCAGUGCACUUCCACUGAACACUCUUAUUUUCUCUGUUGGCCUUCCUUCCAUGGCUUCUCUUCUGUAUAUCAUCCCAGCAGCCUAAUUAGAUUGUGAGGUCUGUAGACAAGGGAAUUAGUGCGUGCGCAUAUAUCAUAUGCUCUGUAAUAUGUCAUGAACCCAUACACUGUCACUUUUGAAAAUAAAAACAAGAGGGGAAAGGGAACAGUCAAAUGUAAACUAUAACAUGAAUGUCCUUGCACAAUAAAUUAUUUUAUUAGGACUUAGAAUAGAAAGUUGGCAAUUUAUUGCAAUGCAAUCAAAAUUUUCACGUAAUUUAUGUUUUGUUUAAAAUACUUAAAUCAUAUGCAAGAAGUGGAAAAGCAGUGGUCCAGUGCACUAAGAAAAAUCCUCCACAAGCAGGAAGCUGAAGUUUCUGCUUUAGGAAUUGUUUUAAAAGAAGGAGAAAUGUGAGUAGUGCACAUUUCAUAAUAAAUGACGUAGCCCAAAUGGUGUGGUGUAGUGGUUAGCAUGUCAGACUAGGACUUGGGAGAACAUGAUUUGAAUCCCCACUCAGCCAUGAAGCUCACUGGGUGACCUUGGGCCAGUCGCUCUCUGCCUAACCUACCUCACGGGCUUGUGAGGAUCAAAUCAGUGGUGGACUUUGGGAUCUCAAACUUCAGUAGCACUCUGUGUGAUGCUAAAAUUCGGUGCCCGCCACACCUUUCGCACUCCAUUCUGCAUCAUUGUUGCAGCACCCCCUGUGGUUCCAGCACCCAGUGUGGCCAAACGGCACCUCUGAUCAAAGGAGAAGCAAGAGAACCAUGUAAUAAUUAUUAUUAUUUAUUAUUUAUACCCUGCCCAUCUGGCUAGGCUUCCCCAGCCACUUUGUGCUCCAUGGAGGAAAGAUGGGAUAUAAAUGUAAUGAUGAAUGCAUGGAUGAACAAACCACAUGUAGUUGAAAGCAACUGAGGUCAAGGGAGGUUUUUUCCAUUUUCCCCAUAUAGUUCUAGCCAGUGUUUGCUUUAAUUGAUACACAGCUCAUUUGGUUAGCUUGGAUAUUAAUCACUUGUGGUAUAGAACAGCAGGUUCCAUUGGCAAAGCAGGAGCAGAGAAUUGUUUAUAAAGUACCGUAGCUUCCCCUUCAACUCAAACAUACAUUUACUUCAAGGUAAUUUCUCUUCUUGAUUUCAGGGCCACAUUAAACAUUCCUGCUAAAGACAAGUCAACCCUUUUCUUCUGUAACUUUUGAGGGACAUUUACAUUAUCAAUCAGAAAACAGGCGCCUAGUGCAAGCGUACAAUCCCCAACCAGUCACAAUUCCUGGAUGUCUGCUUAUUGUGUGUUUUCCAGCCUGAAAAUUCCCUUCAAAGGAUGCAGGAAAAAUAUGGCACAUCCCUAAGGAAACACAAGGAGAAUCCAUAGGCUUUUGAGUGAUACAGCGAUUUCUGCAAUGCAUAGGCUUCCCCCUUCUUCCUCAUUUUUAUAGAAAUGUGAUGAACAGGGCCUAUUAAAAUGCAUCAGGGCUUUGACUCUUUCAUAUAACAUCUGAGGUGGCUCUCAGAUGCUGCCACUUUCAAAAGAAAACACUCUAGUUGCAUAGAACUCAGAAAAUGUACAGCUCUGAUCUAUGCACAGCUUUGGAGGAAGGAAGAAAUACAAGAGCUACGAAUCGAUAAAUUAGUGAUACCCCCAGGCAGCAGCAGGCAAUCUCCAGCCCAUGAACCUAAUGAGGCCAUUUCCCCCAAGCCACAGGCACCUUCCCUACACCUGUCAGGUGUCAGACAGGUAAAUAAGCUGCUCCCUACCUAGAGUGUGAUUUGCAGGCACUGACGAUCAGCUGGUUGUCAGUGCUUUAAAAGCCCUGUGACUUUCUCUGACUGGCUUGACUUCUAACUGCUUAGCAGGCAAAGGGAAAUGUGGUGGUGAUGUCAGGUGAUAGGUUGAUGGGUGGCAGCCACAUGUCAAAAUGGCCUGUGGAGGUUGAGCAACCUUAAGAUCUCCCUGGAAAAUACACUCUACCCCUGCCUUAAGGGGGAAAGCUGCAUUCCUAGAUUCUGGUUUCUUCAGUCUAUGCUAUGAAAGGGACUCUUGGUUUAUUUUGAAGGGAGGAACCUGAGGCUGCUUAUGACCCACAGCCUAAUCUCAUGCAGGUGUGGGACCUCAGAGGGACAGAAGGAAGGUGUGAAAAAAUAGAGAGGCAACUUAUGGAGUGAUGGGGGCAGUAGUAGGGGAAAACACUCAGCAAACAAUAAGUUUAGACCUUUGGCAAAAGUGAUCUGUUCCUCCUCCAGCAGCCCACCAAGUGGGGAGGGAGAGGGAGAGGGAGAAGGGGAUGGCAGAAAGAGAGAGGGAGAUGGGAGUGGUUGCUCUCACUUUUGGCUCUGGGCUUCAUGCAGGCCUGAACAUUUACUCCUGAGUGAAUGCACUCUUGACAGAAAAAGAGCUCUCCACACCUAGUUUAUUACCCUUGGCCGCCACAGUCAAACAAUUAGCAAUACAUGCAUUCUUUAAUUUUUCUGAGAGUGGUGCCACACACAGUCGCACAAAAUAAUUCUGUGUUCAAACAAGGCAGGAGAAUUACUUGCACAUAUUGUAAUGGCCUCUGGACCAGACUCUUUUGGGGCCUCUCUUCACAUGUGAUGCACUGUUGUUGGAGAGCUUCCCGCCAAGUAGCCAGGCCAAUCAAGAUGGAAGUCAUAAUGCAUUCCAAACAACCCUUGUUCCAACAUGUCUCCCGGCUUUGUCUUAGCAGAAUUUCCAUGCCGUACAGUUUAUGCUGUUAUUGUUUUCCUUGCGAUUCUAUUAAAUAUUCAGGGUAAUAGUCAAAAUCAAUUGAAAAGCAGAAACAUAUUAAAAACAUAAAACAAGACAAUGUGUAUAAAAAUAGGCAAUGAAAAUCAGCAACUCUGCAAUCCUCCAUUCAACAAAACCUUGCUGUUGUUUAAUUGUCUUAGUCGUGUUCAACUCUCUCUAACCCCAUGACUCACUGAAUGUAAUAAACAUGGCUAGGUUAGACCCAUUGGUUUUGAUGGGUCUGCUUUGAGUAAAACUUAGUUGAAUACCAUCCAAGACAUUUGGUUCAUAAUUGAACCAAAAUUGAGCAACAAGGUGCCUUGGGUGGUCUACCUGCAGAGGGAGAGAUGUUUGGCUCCUGCCAGGGAUAUUGUAGGCCCUCUCUUCAGUUUACUGGCUACCCUACAACUGAAAAUGACUAAAUGUGGAGUAAAAUAAUAAUCUGUUUUAGGUUCAUUUGGUUUUUGGUUUCGUGGAAUGGUUUUUAAUGAGUAGUUGCUCAUGUAUCAGGAGAAGAAUCAAUGUUGCUGGAGAAGUACCAGCUUCUUCAAAGAGAAGCCCUACUUCACUCAUAUACCUUUUCUAGGAUUCUUUGAGCAUGUUAAUAAACAUGUGGCUGGGGGUCAUCUGGAUAUACAUGAACCUCUAGAAAGCUGUCAACAGUCCUUCACCAAAGGCUUCUGAGGAACUACCUGUUUUCAAUAGAGUAUCCUGAAUAUGUCUCCAUCGCGUCACUGCAACCUGGAUAACAGUCAUGGAAGGAGAGGGGAAAUCUGGUUAAUAUUAUGGCUGAGGGAGAGGGGAGAGAACCUCCCUCCCAAAUGCAUACAGUUUUCUUAACUCUGAACGCCCUGAGAAGCAGCUAUUAUCUGUGAAGGGUAAAAUACAUAAUUUUUGUACCCUCCACAUUUUCCUAUCUCACAACUAACAGUGGCUUCAGGCAGAAGAUUUAGGGUGAGGAAUCAGUGAAGGUGCAAAGGGUUCGCUCCCAACUCCCUAUCUCAAGGCCCCAACUGAUCUGCAGACAUAGCAUUAGAUCACAUACUAGGAACAGUUCUAGAGGCAGCCAUUUUUAUUGCAGCUGGUUUUUGUUUUUUGCCUCAUUCUCCAUCUGACUUUUAUGAACACAUGGCUAAUUUCCCUGUGUUUCUAACAAUGCCUGCUGUGAUACUUGAUUAUAUUGCCUAUAACCUCAUGUUUCGCCCUGGGAAGAUUAUAGGUACACCACAUGUCAGGACAGACAUCAGUCGGUGGGAAUGCAGUUGUCAGCUGUUUGCCCACGCAGUUGUGGGAAGCAACACACAUGCUGAGGAAAUUCUACUUUACUCCACCAUCGCCAUUAUGAAGCCACUUCUACAAAAAGACAGGCUGGCAACAAAAUGGCUCCCCACAUCCUAUUUUUAUUCCCUUUUGCCUCAUUUUGAAACUCUUUAAUGUGAAUAAGCAUGGGGGAUAAAUUCAAGUUCACUUUACAUUUAAAGGUGAACUUGCUUAAGCCAUACUUUCUGUGAGAAUAUGAGAACCAAAAGACAGCUACGCUUCAAAAUUUGCAUUUCUCUGAAUUUUGCAGUGCAGUUCUCAAGCCAUGUUAUGUGUACAAAAAUGCAUGUACUGAGGUAAAGUGUAAAAGAACAUACAAAAUGCACUAUGUCUGGAGAAAUUGCUUUGCAAAAAAUGGCGGAAUUGCAUAGGCAUAUGGAUAUAUGAGGAAGAAUUUGCACCAGAUUGCUGGUGAAUGUUCAUAAAGACUUCUUUUUUAAAAUGCAAACUGAUGGAGAAAUGUGAAGAGCUGAACUUAUGAAUGGAAAAAAUAGAAACUGAGAGAAACAAAAAUUUACACAUUUGCCCAUCCCUAAACAUGGCACAUGAAAACUAAUACUAGAAUGAAUUUUUAGUACAUGCCUAACCUUAUAACGCUAUGUGUUGAAUCUAUGGAGUGCAAUAAAUAUGUGAUAUGCUUUUUCAAUCUGAUUUUCUAAAUCAGAGAUCCUUAAUGCCUGGAUAAGAAAUCCAGGGUCGGGGUUGAGGUAAGAAAGCAGCUGAAAUUAGGAGAAACUUUUCAUGUGGUUUCAGUGGAUGUCUUACCUAACACUCUGAUUGCUUCCCUCAAUUCUGUUCCCUGCAUUAUUGAGUUUUCUGCUCUGAAAAGCUACAAUUUGCCUUGAGGCCUGCACAAAUCAAUAGGAAAGAAAAGGGAAGGGUAAAGGAAUAAAAUAAAUGGAACCCACCCAACUCCCUGAUAAAGCCAAGAUCAAUUGUCUUUCUCUGAUUGCUACACAAUGAUUCAAAUUUCCCAGAAACUCCAGUGCUUUACAUUCUUCUGAAAACAUUUAGGAUUUGAUUUGCUACUUAAUGGGGGUGAAAACAGAGGAUCAUUGGCCAUCAUUGACCUGGUUGUAUAUUACAUCCCAACAAGUGGUGAAAAUAUUAGGUAAAAAGGUAAAGGGACCCCUGACCAUUAGGUCCAGUCGUGGCUGACUCUGGGGUUGCGGCGCUCAUCUCGCUUUAGUGGCCGUGGGAACCGGCAUACAGCUUCGGGGUCAUGUGGCCAGCAUGACCAAGCCGCUUCUGGCGAACCAGAGCAGCACACAGAAAAGCCGUUUACCUUCCUGCCAGAGCAGUACCUAUUUAUCUACUUGCACUUUGACGUGCUUUCGAACUGCUAGGUUGGCAGGAGCAGGGACCGAGCAACAGGAGCUCACCCCGUCACAGGGAUUCGAACCGCCAACCUUCUGAUUGGCAAGCCCUAGGCUCUGUGGUUUAACCCACAGUGCCACCCACGUCCCUGGUGAGAAUAUUACCACUCCCCUAAAUAGUAUAUCUAGUUGAAUGUGUGGUGAAUUUAUUUUUGCCACUUGGCAUGACAAUACAGAAGAUGGGCUUAGCAAAGAGGAGCAUGGGAAGUGUCUUCUCUGGCAAAGGCAUGAUCCCCAUAAUCAAACAGUAAUCUCCAGGCACUUGGCUUACUUCUUGGAGACAUUUAGACUCUAAAUUUCAGAAGAACAAGCAAUGUCUGUUCUGCAUAAUGGUGAGAAUCCAUUUAUGCUUCCUACUGAGUUUGUGGUGAUAACCGAAGCUUUAACCAUUACUGAAAUAUGUUUGGAGGUUCCUGUGAGUUCCCUGUUGCAGCCAAAUUAAUUCCUGCUCUUUUCAUUUCUGAAUCAAUCUUGUAAAUUUAUGUACUUGGGCGCAUAUUUGUUUUGCACUGGUAGAUUGUCAUUCAUGCGUUGAAUUCUAAAUCAGCAGUGUACCACUGGCAAAUUUGCUCAGGGUGGUAUCAUUAGGCUGUGAAACAUUUUAAACAAAUAAAUAAAUCUGUAAAUAUUCAUUGCAGUGUUUUCAUCCAGUUUCAAGAGCAGGGCUGCUUGCACUUUGAACUAAAUGCAUUGCAGUUCUAUACCUAGUUAACCCAAACACUAUCCAAAGAAAGCUGAAUUCUGCAUUAUUAUUAUAAUUCUGAAAAUUGAGCAAGUUUGCAUAAUUGAACAGUUUUCUCUGACUUGGUUGCAUAACGUGCUCGGGACUGCUAGUCAUGGUGUUGGGCCCACUCCCAGCAACUUGGAUCCUUAUUCAAUGACCUCUCAGGCUGAAGGCAGCCCUGUUUAGGGAAGUUUUUAGUGACUGGUGUUUUAAAUGUAUUUUUACUCUUUUGUUGGAAGCUGCCCAGAGUGGCUGGGGAAACCCAGCCAGAUGGGCGGGGUAUAAAUAAAUUAUUAUUAUUAUUAUUAUUAUUAUUAUUAUUAUUAUUAUUAUUAUCAUCAUCAUCAUCAGAUUUCUGAGAUUUUAGCUGGCAUUGUCCACACACUUUCUUUCAUAGCCCACAAGGACUUGAAAGUAGACUUUUUUUUCAAAGGAAAAACAACUCUGAUUCUCAGGAAACUGAAUUCUGUACCCUGUGUUAUACUGUGCAUUUUUUUCUGCACUCGGAAACAAUUACAGCAAACCCAGCACAACUGUCUGUUUAUAAGAUCGUUCCUUAAAGGAUGGCUGACAUGUAGAAAUUCUUUUUAUGGGCAUGUCUUCCCUGUAGGCUGAAGAUGCCAUGAUGGAUGUGUAUGACAUCGUGUAUGAAGAUGUGAGAAGCAACUCUUCCAACACCAGGAGACAGGAGCUACAUACCAUCCACAAAACGGUGAUCUGCUUGCACAUUUUGGUCUAUACUCUAGGGGCCGUUCCACAGAAACCAGUUUCUAGGAUUUAGAACCUGGUGUUCUUCACCCUCCACACCCUGCCCCCACCAGGCAGCGAUGAGGGCUGGGGUGGCAUGCUUCAUCCCCGCAGGGGGGCAGCAGUGCGUGCACUCCCCACUCCGGGCCUUUGCGGACAACACUACACCCCUGACUGGAGCACAGGCUAUUUAGUUCUUCCCAAUGACUUGCCUGGAGAAAUGGAUUAGCACUUGGCAAGACCAAUGAGGGAGAAACACCCUCCCCCAUUGUGGUAAGCUUCAAAGGUCCUGGUGAAUUGCUGAAAUUUUUCCUUGGCUGCCUACGCUGAUAUUGUGUAAGCAAUCAUGACAUAGCACGUUUUAACUUCGUUCUAUUAUGCCCCAUAUCUGUUUCCAAGUUUGGGAUGGGGUUUUGUGUUAUCUGUUAAAUUCUGACCCCUCUGAAACAGUAGGUUACAUAACAAACUCAAAGGCAAUUUGCUUUUGCUGGUCCAGCCACUAGCAAGAAUGAGGCAAUAGCUUCAGGUAGCAGGUGCUGGGGGAGCAGUGGCAGUCCCCUGGCUGCUGCUCCUGGAAGCGUCCGUCAUUUCCCUCUUUGUUUGCUAGAUGGCCUGUCCUGAAGCCACUAAGCUUGCCUGUUCUCUGGCACAGUGGAAGAUAUUAUCCUAUCACUAGUCUUGAAGCAAAACUCAACUGCCAAUCCUUUUGACUUCUCUAUAUGGAAUAGCGGAAGGGACACCAUCUUGUUCUUUGCUUCAAGCAGUAAAAUCUCCUCACUUGGGCCUUCUCAGGACCAAACUAGAUGCGACAUUCAUCCCACUGUCUGGUUUUGCACAGCUGUUUUUCAUUUAACAGAUAGCCGGCAUGGGAGGGAGAUGCUGGACUGGGAUUGUAGCUUGGGGAGAAGGAGGGCUUGAAUUCUCUGGCCCAGCUGUAGCCCUGUUCGGAAUCACACACAUAGCCCUUGCAGCUGAUAUUCACAGUGGGAGGAAAUCUCCCAUUGGUGGAGCCAAAGGGUUAAAGCCUACCUCUCACCAGGCCACAGUCCCAGUUUUGUGCUUCCUCCACACCAUCCCAUGCUAGCUAUUGGUUAAAACCAAAGCCCAGCUGUCUUAUGCCAAACUACCCCCAUCUAGUUUGGCGCUCAGCCACAUUUAAAGCACAUACCACCAACACCCCAUGCAAAUAAGAAGAAUGAAGGAAGGAAUAAAUAUAAAGGUGGUAACUGUAGUUGGUUGAGAGUGCUGGGAACUGCAUCUCUGUGAGGGGUAAUGGGGAUGUGCUAUAAUUGUAUGGUGCUAUAGCACUUGAAUUCCUGCUCUUCCUUAUACUGCUGCUUAUGGAGGAGACAAUGCUGCACCAAUGAAACUGCCCUGAGAAGAGUAGCAGAGUAAGAGAGAAGGGCAUUCCAUGAGCGGGUGGAACUUUGCAGCAGGGAGCAACUCGGAAAGCCCCACUGUUCCUGGAGCAAGGAGCAAGGAACAUCAAAAACAGCUUUGUGGAUGAGUGCAGGAGAGAGAGCAGCAGUGUUGAGGGAAUGUUUGUUGGAGAGGGAGAGACAGAGAGGUAUGCUUCUCCUCUCCAGAUAGCUGACUAAAGGAAAUUCCAGAUUCUUUGCACUGUGGGAGCUGUUUUUGAUAAAGAUCUAAUUGGAGCCAUAGGGGAAAAUCAACACGUGCUCUUUUACUAUAUGGACUCCUCCUUUCUUUUUCCUACACUAACCUUACGUUUUCCAGCAUGCAGAAUUCAAACCCACAUCUUGUGUUUCUAAUGACGGGGGGGGGGCGUUUAAAAAAUAUAUGUUCCCAACAAUGUCUACAAAUCUACUCUGUGUCUCUGCUACCAAUUAUUGGGUGAAGACUUGGGGAAGGGAGGAGUCAAGGAAGCACCGUCCUUCCUUAUGCAUGCCUAACUCCCGGGGGGUGGGGGUGUACAGGACUGCAGCCCUGACCUAUUCUGUAAAAAAAGAAAGGCAGCAGAAGUUAGGCUUUGCUUUCUUCCUGAGCCAAAACUGAUCAGUCAGACACAAUGGCCAUGCUAUAAAGAAACUAUAAAGAACAUGUUUGUGUGCCCAAGAGAGAAUCAUCAGGCACCUAGCCAGGGCCUUUAUGUUUUUGUUUUUCUUUCUUUGUUUUGUUUUUGACCACCACAGUUUUUGCUGUGGCCAAAUGCCAUGCAAGUCAAGGUUCAGGUACCCUUAGGAGUCUUGUAGAAGAGGGAAUUUCAGCACUCUGCCAGUACUAUGAUAUCAUAAGAUGUGCCUUUGAAAUUCCCAGAGGAACCUGAACUGGCUGCACCCUAACAGCUGCCUAGCUGAUGAAACAAGCUGUUUUUAAAACGAUGGUCCUUCCUGCCCGAAAUAGUAUAUGCCAUCAAUGCAAAACCACUGCCAGAUUAAUAAAACAUUACCUUAGGUGAUUUAAGGAAAGUGUUGAUAUUCUCAGACACGUCAUCUUUUGUACAGAAAAUUAGGUAUAAAUGGGGCACCAUUUCUGAGGAACCUGGACUGGGUUAAUAAAAAAGGCCACCUAGAUGACCAUCUUUUCACUAUCCCAGAAGGUUUUGAUGGGACUUCUAUAGAAAUCAUGUGUCAACUACCACUUUAUGGCUAGACCUUAAGGGGAUGUUUACCUUUAUUUGCUAUAAAAUUCGUACUUGUAUAAUAUGGAUAUACACAGUGCGACCCAGCCAGGGAUGCAUGGGGUACCUGUACUUCCUAAUUUGUGCCACAAAGUGGCAGGCAAGGAGGGUCCGUGAGGCUUACAUCAUGUAUUGCUGUCCAGUCCAGUAACAUCAUCACCCUGUUGCAUAAGAUUUAUACUUCCACAAAAUGCUUUAAGUAUUUGCCAGGUGCAGCGUCACAGAACCUGCAUCAGGAUUCAUCUGUUUGCACAGUGCUGAAUUGUGCACCAUAUGAACCAGGGCCUCUCCCAUAUUCCCACACCGCUUGCAGCUAUGUCUCUAAAUAAAUGCACAAUAUUUUUGUUCCAUUGUAUCAUUGGUUGUAUUGCAUGGAAAAUGCAGGACGUGCCAAGAAAUAAAGGAAAAUACUGGUGAGGAGCGAAGGACUGAGUGGUUUGUCACUGGGAACGAAACCAGUGGCAACUUUUGAAAUGCAGUAUCAAACUUAUAAAAGAUGCAAGUGAGAAGCAAAGCAGAAGCAUUUGACCACAUAAUAUCAUGAAUGGAGAGCAUGGGUGGCAAACAGCCAAGUCCCUCCAUCAACCUAAAGAUUCCACUUGUGCAAGAGAACUUACCCCCCCCCCCCCGUGGGUCCACUAAAUCUCUGGCAUAGAGUAAGAAUUGGUGUGGCACUUGCUAAGGGAGAAAAGCAGGGGAGGGAAGUUCUGCUGUACCAAUGGAACAAGUUAGUCGGAUACUCUCCCCCUAUCUAUAAUCCUCAGUCUGAUGGCCAGCUGUUAUAUCAACCACUGCAGUUAUAAUAAUGUAGGGUUUAAGGCUGAGGAGGCAAACCUCUGCAGUUUACCAGUAACAAACCAACAGACGACAAUCAAAACUCUUCUUUAAGGGUUUUGUUUGGAAAAGAAAAGCAAUGAUACGAGUGUGUUCCCUUUCCUUUCAGUUUCUCUGUUGUGGGAAAAAGCCACCCUUUGGAGAAGCAAGCAGGAUUGAAAAAGAGAUGUGCCAAUCAGAAGCUGUGGGAACAGAAAAGGUAAAUUAUAUGUGAGGCUGGGAAGCUCUGCAGUACAGUCAGUUCAGAUUCUUGCGAAGCAAUUCUCACUCAGCUGGGGUAUUAGCAAAACUGGCCUUGUCACUCUGGCACCAAGAUGUUUCCUGACAUCAUCUGGGCUAGAAGUUAAACAAAAUGAUAGUUCAGGACACUUUCAGUUCUAUGAAACAGUUAAUAAUGACAACAACAGCAACUGCUGCUGCUGCUGCUACUGCAUCUACAUUUAUAUCACACCUUCGCUCCAAGGAACAAAACAUGCUGUAUAUGGCUCUCCUCCUUCACAUUUUAUCCUCACAACAACCCUGUGAGGUAAGGUAGGCUGAGGGUCAGCGACUGGUCCAAGGUCAGUCAAGGAGCUUCAUAGCUGAGUAGAAACUUGGAGCCCUGGCUUCCCAGAUUCCAAUCUAACCAUGAAACCACACUGGCUGGUAUGAGUAUUUUGAGAGGAAUUAUUGGAAGGCAGAGCACUAAUUUUGUGAGAAUGUCAGAGCCCUGCUGGAUGAUACCACUCUCCAUCUGAACAGACCAAACAGUCCAUCUAGUUCAGCAGCCUAACUUCCACAGUUGCCAAGACAAUGCCUCUGGGAAGACCACAAGCAAGACAUGAAGUCCUUAUCCCACUGUUGGUCUCAAGCAGCUUCUGUUUGGUGGCAUGCUUCCUCCAAAUCUGUGAGGAGUUGGGGAGGGAAACAUGGAACCUGAUCCUCUUUGAAUUUUUAUUCAGAAGUAAAUCCCACUGUGUGUCAAUGGUGCUUACUCCCAAGUAAGUGUGCAUAGGCGUACAGCCUUCAUUUAUUAUCUUGUCCUCUAAUCUAUUUUCUCUCGUAUUUCAGGAUUGCCUAGAAGAGAUCCAAAAUUUCCUGAAAAAACACAUGACUUUUGUCUCUGUGCUGAUGACCAUUACAAUUUUCUUCAUGGUAAAUAUUUGUGUUCUCUGGUAUCCUCCUGCUUUUCCCCUUAAUCAACAGAAGCAGAAGUGCAAAUCUAGCUUUAUGGAUGGCAACAUAAUUCUGCAGAAGUGGCAGCAUUCUGCCUCGCAAAAAACCCCAACCCCUUUCUAAUACAUUCCUCCCUCCUUUCCUCUCUCAGAAACAGAUUUCUAGUGAGUGGCAGUGAUUUGCAGGUGACUGGUUUUUGCCAGGAGGAUGUGGUUUCAACCCCAAGGAUCAGAGUUUCUGUGCUUAUAAGCAUGGGGAGACUGAGUCUUCCCAUACAAGUUCACUUGCCAGUUGAGUUGUAGCAAGCAGCUGUUAUUGUCUGUGCCAAGUUGGCAGUAAAUUUGAACAAUAACAAAAGCUACUUUGAUGAUUACUCUGAAACUGUGGAACCACUCCCUGGAAGAAAUGAAGGAAACUACCUCUCAGCUGACUUUUCUAAAGGGUUUUUUCUUUUCCUUGUACACCGUUUUACUAAAGACCAUCUUGUUUCUUUGACUGUUACAUGGUGGCUCUUAUAUGGUGACUUAUAUGGUGGUCCCAUAUUAUUUAUAGAUUUGAUUGUAUUGCAUUGUAUUUUUAUUGCUUUGGUAGAAAUCGCUUUGAACCUGUAGAAAGGCAGUAGAGAAAUACAGUGUUACCUCGGGUUAAUAACUUAAUUCAUUCCGGAGGUCCGUUCUUAACCUGAAACUGUUCUUAAUCUGAGGUACCACUUUAGCUAACAGGGCCUGCUGCCACCACGCCGCUGCCGUGUGAUUUCUGUUCUCAUCCUGAAGCAAAGUUUUUAACAUGAGGUAUUAUUUUGGGUUAGCGGAGUCUGUAACCUGAAGCGUCUGUAACCUGAAGUGUCUGUAACCCGAGGUACCACUGUACAAGGUGUCUAGUGAAGUUGUUCCCCUCAACUUCUGCAUGGGAACUCUUCUCCUCCUCCUCCAUCCAUGCACCCCAACCCCCAAAUUUGUCCUGAAUUUCCCCCCAAACCUACAGAGGUUUGGUUAGGGUGCAGAGAGAAGAGAGGGAGGGGAAGUUCUACUAGCCAAGUGGAAGUCCUUGGACAAAUGUAACUAUUGGACAGAACCCAUUAUAAUUAAUUAAUUUAUUUUUAAACAACAAAAAUGUUUUUAAUUGUCUUUCAUUUAAUUACCUACCCUAGGUGUAUGGGAUGAGCUUAACUUUGUUCCUCUGGUACGCCAUCCACUUUAAGAAGAGUUUGGAUCGGAAGGGCAAAUACACGCUGCCAAAGCAAUAGGAAUUUGGCUUUAGACUUCUGCACCACCAGGGGAAAAGAGCAAGACUGUUGGAGACUCUGAGAAACUGGAAUUUGUGCCACGACUGUGGGUGGAUGCUGGGUGGUCCUAAUCAGUCCCCUCCCCCCCAACACACACAAAUGUGCCAUCUCAGAUGUGACUGUGAACUCCCAUGAUGCAACCAAGACAGCUGCAGCAUCUGUCAACAAAGACUGGCUAAAGUGAUGAUCAGGCAGCAGAAACAUGAAAUGCUGAGUGGAAACAUGGAGGCAGGGUAUAAACUGGGAACGAAGGACUUGCCCAGCCGCAAGUGUGUUUGCCAACUGAAAGCCAUCAUUUAGAGCCCCCAAAAUAGCUAGUCAAAACAGAACAACAUACCCCAGUGAAAAGUAAACUCAAGGAAAUGGAAAUUACUUGGUUCAGUAACCAGUAAGAAUAUUUUAAGGCUCAGGAGAGAGAGAAAACAGCAGCUUGCUUUACAUUAUUAUUUUAAGCAGUUUUAUAGCCAUUUCUGAACAUGAAUCAGACCCUAUUUGCAUAUUUUGUAAGCUUCCUUGGUUUGAAUACGUGAAGAUGCUCUAAAUAGGGAAGAACCCAUUUGUUUAAUUCAAACACACACACACACAGUUGUGACAGAAAUGGGUGCUGUUAAGUUCUGUUAGGCCUAUGCUGCACCCCACCUAAAUUUAGUCAUGAUGAGUAAAGCCGGAAUCCUAAACACGCUCACUGAAGAGCAAGCUCCACUAAAUACAGCAUGAUUUAUUUCCAUGAUUUACUUUACUUAGUCAUGAUGAGUAACUUGUUCAGUUGUAGCCAAUGGAAUUUACAGCUCAGCCCAAUUCCCAUUAAUUUCAGUACAACUUGCUCCUGGUUAACUGUGUAUAGGAUUGCAAUGUUAAUCAUAACUUACUUUAGCUGGCUACGCAGUUUGGAAAUGUAGAUCUUAAAUGGUAACCAUGCAAGUUGUAAUACACUGUGCCUCCAGUUAAGAUCUAGAAUGAAAACAGCACAAACUAGGAAUAUGCUUUUAUUCUUUUGAUUUAACACCAAAUACAUUCCUUUCAUAUUACUCUGAAUUCCUGUAAAUAAAAUGUAUUCGGUUAAGUAGAUGUGUUCUGUUCUCAUAUAUCCUACCUAGCCAUAAAAUUCUGUUGUUUUGUUCUAGAUACUACAAUAAGUUACAGUAUUUCUAAAUUGCCUGAAGUGAACUGAAAAUCCAAGGUUGAAUGUACUAGCAGGAGAUCAUACAGAAUCAUGGUUCUGCCCAUUGUCAGAUUUUGAAGUAGCUACUGGUAUGGAUAAAACCAAUACUUUGUAGUGCUGUGCGAUAAAUUGCCAUCUCGUUGAAAUAACAUUGUGGUAAGUGUUUCAACAAGGCAAUAUACCGGUGAACAAAAGGUGGAGACUUGACAGCUUCCCAGGAGGUAGCUCAGCUGAACAGAUGAUUUGCAGACACCUUGUCUCCUUUGUUUGCUGGCUUCCUCUUCCCUCCUAACUAAUAAGAAAUGAAGAUAGGCCCUCCCACAAACCAGCAAACUCUUUCAGCAUCACAGGUAUCUUUCCACUUAGAACUCAGCUAAUUAUGCAGAGCCUGCUAACAAUCCAGCAGCAAGCCCCCAGGGCUAGACAAUCAAAGAUCCAGCUGCAAAGUAAACAAAGAACUGGAAAGCAUCUAUUUCUUCCCUCAUACUCACCCCCACCAGUGAAAAAAAGAGGGGGAAGUGUUUUUAUUUUUUAUUUUUAUUUUCUGGUGAUGUUUAUAUUGCUGAUUCCCCCUAAAUAGCUUUCCUCCAUAUCAAAAAGGAAGGGUUUUUUUAUUUAAAGAGGACUAUCUUUUUGCUUGCUUCCCCUCCCUUUGAUAAAAAGGGAGAGAUUGGUAGGAUGAGGGCUUUUGGGGGGGCUCUUUUGUGGGGAGGGGGAAUGGAGGGGAGAAGAUUUAGCUGGCUCCCUUAUGCUGAAAUGGGAGGUUGGGUACCAUGUGAGAAUGACGGGGUGUUUUUUGGUAAGCAGUGUAAGCAAAUGCAUGCCUACUCACAAGCAAGCCCUACUGAAUUCAAUAAGGCUCACUCCCAGGAAAGUAGAAGUAAGUUUAGCUGAACUCAGUGGGGUUUAUGCAUGCACAGAUUCCACUUAGACUUCUGAGUGGGAAAGCAGAUGCAACUUGACUAGUAAAUCAUUUAACUACUCUUAAAAUUAGUUGAAAAUAUAUUAAAUAUAUUAUAUGGAAGUUUGUUCAAUAUUUUUUAUUAAAUCUACUUCCUUACAUUCUAAGGCCCUCCACCACCACAGGGAGCCUCAUCAAGGCCCUCAGCUGCUGCAGGAAGCGCGGCACACUCUCCCACACCACAGAGAGGUGUGGUGGGAUGUUUUGCUGCCACAGGCAGGCCCAGCAGGGCCGUCCGCCGCCACAUAUAUCAUGAGAUACCAUAUUUAGCUGGUGAUAUAUCAUGAUAUUGAAAACCAGAUAUCGCCCAUCCCUAGUACUUGGUAGGAGCAUGUUACCAUUUCAUUUUGCAUUGACGCAAAUGUCAUUUGUGCUUUUCUGUUCUGAUUUAAAGCGUCACAUCCAGUAUAUGCCAGACAGAAAAGCAAUGUUAUUUCCCUAAAACACCAUGAUUCUGAUAUUGUGGGUCUCAAAUAUGGUCUGAAGGCACACGCAAUGCAGGGGAGGGUAGUGUCAAGAGUACUAUUCCCUGCUGACCAUAGUCCUGACCCUGCACAGGCCUUCACCAACAACUUUUUACACUUUAACGAAUGCAUAACUUCAUUAAGUCAGGAGCCAUCAUCUUAAGAACAUAUAAAGCUGCCUCAUACCAAUUCAGACCAUUGACUCAUCAGUAUUGUGUAUCCUAGAGGUGGGAAACUGUGACCCCCAAAUGUUGUAGGGCUACAACUUCCAUCAUCCUUGGCCAUUGCCCAUGCUAUCUGAAGCUGAUGGGAGCUGGUGUCUAACAACAUCUGAUGGCCACAGGUUUACCCUAACUGGCCUUCCCAAAUCUCUCUGGGAUCAAAGCUGGGGUGCACUGGGUACAGGUACUCAAGCCAUGAGCUCAUUCCCUACUUUGCUAUGUAUCAGAACAAGUGGAUCUCGUUGUUGUUUUUUAACACUCAUGCUAAAUAUAAUGGAAAAAAUGUGAGAUGCUAUAUUCAAGGACUGCAGCUCAUUUACACAAAAAGGACAGUGUAUUGUGAGGAAGGAAGAAACUGUUCUACCUCCUCUGUGCCUCUUUUCAACACUUGGUAGGACGCAGUCAGGUGCUGUUCCUAUAAUUGCUCCCAGUAGCUGCAGUCCCUUACAAACAGUACAGAGUUAACCAGCAUGGAAAAAAGUUUUAAACAUAGACGAGGCUUCUGAAAGGGCCCGUGCUAAGAAAACUAGCUCUUGGCUAUCGUUGCUAAUGUUGUUAUCCCAAAGGCCAGAUGGGAGGCCACGUGAUUGCCGGCUGCUUCAAGGAAAAUGAAAUUAAAGUGCCCUUCUUUCUCUCCCUUAUGUAUGCAGGCAGUGCUGUUAGAGUUGCUGAGGUAUUAGCAUAAUGUGCGCUAGGCAGUAAAUCUUCCUGCACCGAGAAGACAUUUGCACAGCUGGCAAUGGCUCUGGCAGAGACACAAAGGGCAAAUGAUAUCCCAGCUGAGCCCUAUGCAGAACUCACAGGUAACCUAGUUUGGCUCAAAUGCAAGUGGUGUUCACCGUUUUCCUAGCCUCUGGCCUUGUCCUUCCCCUUUCCCCACUGGUUUAUGGAAGAGCACAAGCACUGAGAUUAAAUGGGCAAAAGAGGGGAGAGAUGAGAAAGGAGCACCAUGAUCCCAGUUGGUGCCAGUUUCAGAAGAGACUCGUGGUAUGGAACAUGGUUUCACUGGCAGAGCCUGCGAACUUGGCCGGGACUGUCUUGUAACUAAUAAGCACAAAUUGUUCGGAGAAAGUAUUAGCCAUUUCAGUCCACAUGUUGAUGGUGAGUCAGUAAACCAGACCAGAAUCCAUAAUGUCAUUAUGCCACUUGUUCUGACAGCCAAUCAUUUACAGUAGGGAGAGGGAAACUUUGGUCCUCCUGCUGCUACUUGACUAAGGUUACCAGGCAUCCCUGUUUCCCGGGGACAGUCCCCGGAUUUACAAAUCAGUGCCCAUACAAAAUCCAUUGAAGUUGAAAAGUGUCCCCGGAUUCACUGAAAAAAAAUCUGGUAACCUUAUACUUGACUCCAUCUCCCAUCAUCCCUGACCACUGGCCAUACUUUUGGGGGCUGAUGAGCAAUGGAGACCCUCAACAUCUGGAGGACCACAGGCUCCUUAUUCCCUGUUGUUUUAAUGGGGGGGUUAAACUUGGGUGGUGUUUGUUUUAUUUGUGGGUGGGGUUGUUUUAAAUUGUUUUUAAGUGCUAUGUGUAAAUGUGGAUUUUUGUAUUUGGAUUUGUUAUAUAUUAAUUUGUAUUUUGUAUUUGCUGGGGGAUUGUUUAGGGGCUUUUGUUGGGGAGUGCAUUUUUUAUCAGUUUGUAUACAUUCUUAUUAUGAAUUGUUCUUAUUAUUUUUAUUAUGCAUUUGUGCUUUUAUAUUGUAACUUUGUGCUGUGAACUGCCCUGAGACCUACGGGUAUGGAGCAGUAUACAAAUUUAGUAAGUAAAUAAAUAGAUGUUCCUUAUUUACAGUUACAUUUCUAAUGAUAUACAAAUAAGCAUCUGACUCACUGCUACUGAA